UAUCGGUCCCUGGCGCUUGUAGAAGAAGUUAGGGAGUACACAAGGAAGGAUCACCCACCAUUUUCUGCGACAACAAAACACUGCGAACAAAAGCCUAAAUAUUGAGAACGGACUUUAGCUAGUAUGGGAGCCGUACUGGGAUUGUGCUCCAUGGCGAGCUGGAUCCCGUGCCUGUGUGGUAGCGCCCCUUGCUUGCUGUGCGGGUGCUGCCCCAGCGGAAAUAACUCCACCGUGACCCGGCUUGUCUAUGCUUUCUUCCUACUGCUGGGAGUCGGGGUUGCCUGCAUCAUGCUGAUGCCUGGCAUGGAGGGCCAGCUCAAGAAGAUUCCAGGUUUCUGUGAGGGAGGGGCUGGGUCAUCCAUUCCUGGUGUUAAAGGACAUGUGAACUGCGAUGUGCUGGUCGGCUACAAGGCUGUCUACCGCAUCUGCUUCGGCAUGGCCAUGUUCUUCCUCCUCUUCUCCCUACUCAUGAUUAAAGUGAAAAGCAGCCGGGAUCCCAGAGCGGCACUGCACAACGGGUUUUGGUUCUUUAAGUUUAUUGCAGCCACUGGCAUAACCGUUGGAGCCUUUUUUAUCUCCGAUGGACCCUUUACUACUGUGUGGUUUUAUGUGGGCAUGGCCGGAGCCUUUUGCUUCAUCUUGAUCCAGUUGGUUUUACUCAUUGACUUUGCCCACUCCUGGAAUGAGGCUUGGGUGGAGAAAAUGGAGGAGGGCAAUUCCCGCUGCUGGUAUGCAGCUCUUCUGUCAAUCACCGCACUCAACUACCUGCUGUCCCUUGUAUCUGUGGUAUUGUUUUAUGUUUACUACACCCAGUCAGACGGCUGCACCGAGAACAAGGUCUUCAUCAGCAUCAACAUGCUCCUCUGUGUCGGCAUCUCUGUCCUGUCCAUCAUGCCCCAGAUUCAGGAGUCCCAGCCAAGGUCUGGUCUGCUGCAGUCCUCCAUUGUUACCCUCUUCAUUAUGUUCCUGACCUGGUCUGCCAUGACUAAUGAGCCAGACAGGAAGUGUAACCCAAGCCUCCUGGGUAUUAUUGGGCUUAACAGCACUACUCCUGCUGGGCAGGAUCAUGUGGUUCAGUGGUGGGAUGCCCAAGGCAUUGUGGGAUUGAUCAUUUUCCUCAUGUGUGUCCUGUACUCCAGUAUUCGGAACUCGACCAACGACAAAGUCAGCAAACUGACCCUUACUAGUGACGAGUCAGCGCUGAUCGAUGAAGGGCCGCAGACCGACAGCUUUGAGGAGGGCGGCGGCGCCAACAGAGCAAUGGAUAAUGAGAAGGAUGGCGUCACCUAUUCCUAUUCUUUCUUCCACUUCAUGCUGUUCCUCGCGUCCCUUUACAUCAUGAUGACACUCACUAACUGGUAUAGUCCCGAUUCCAACUAUGAAACCAUAACCAGCAAGUGGCCAUCUGUGUGGGUGAAGAUCUCCUCCAGCUGGAUCUGCAUCGCUCUCUAUGUGUGGACCCUGGUGGCUCCUCUGGUCUUAGUCAACAGAGACUUCGACUGAACAUGUACAUACGGUCCCUCUGCUCUGCUCACGGUGAAGUCACGCAACGAUUUGUCUUUUGUUUCUGUCUCGUAUAACACUUGUAUACACGUACAUCGCUUAUAGACACACCUGUGAUUUUUUUAGCAUCUACUGUAAUCUAAAUGAAACCGUGCAUGUUUUUUCGCUGAGAAAAUUGCUUAUGUGACUUCGCUAAUGGCUAACUGUAGCUGUAAAUGAUGUUGUGCACAACAGGGCCUAGGCCAGGCGCGGGCAAACUUUUUGACUCGAGGGGCCACAAUUGUCCUAAAAUUUGCGCUGGGUAAAGGCUAAAAUGCUAAAAUGUUUUUACCAUUUUCUACGCCAUCUAUUGGGGAAAUUUGGGUAUUGCAGGGAAAAGGCAGAAGUAUAAUGAUAAUAUAAAAAAAUGAUAUAAUUUGGAAACGUUGGCGGGCCAGAUGAAAAAGCUGAACGGCCCGCAUCUGGACCCCAGGCCUUAGUUUGCCCAUGCCUGGCCUAGACUAUAAAAGUGUAAGCGUUAUAUUCGGAAAGGUGUUACCUGUUCUAAGGCUGUUAUGUAAAAACAAAAAACAAUGUUCUUUUUUGUGUUCUCUGAAAAUAAUGUACAAAAAUAAAGUGAAUUAACUUGCAGCGAGUGAACAAAAAUAGAAACAAGGAAAAAUAAACUUAAAAAGAAAUAAAGAUGAUCUUCUGUAUUAUUCAGUUAACCUUUCUAAUUUUAAGCAUUGUGUAUGUGUAUUUUCUGAUCUUGCUUUGUAUUUGCACACUUUUCAUUCAUUUUUUUUUGUAUUCCUCAAGCAAGCUGUAGUCGUGAAGUGUUUUUUUUUUUCCCUUGUGUUUUUUUCCCCUCUAUAUUUAUUGUAAGUGGUUCAAUAAAACAGUGGAAAA